CGACACCCGGCGGCUGCGGGUCGGGCCGUCGGUCCGGCACCGAGAACCGAGUGCUUCUUUUUGGUCGGGGUGCGCCGCGAGUCAAGGUGAGGUUAGGUUGGGGAUGUGAAUACAAUGAGUGUAAACCAGCAAGCUCACACGGGGCCUCCUUAUGGGCAACCUCAGCCUGGAUAUCAGGGAUACCAGCAGCCUGCCUACGGAGGACAGUCAUUGCCAGGGGUUCCUCAGGCGCAGUAUGGAGCUUAUAAUGGGCCGGUGCCAGGAUAUCAACAGCCAGUCCCUCCACAAGGUUACUUUCCUUCCUUGGGGUUUCCUUCGAAGGGCUCUCCUGUAUCUCUCAACUCUGACACUUCUUCUCUUGCACCUAAUUUCAUAGGUUCAUUAAGAGCCCCGCCAACAUCUGGAGCUCCCCCUCCAGCCUCUGGAGCAUCUCAUCCUUCUGGCCACUUGGCAUACAGUCAGUUUGAACAUGGAGAUGUGCAGAAUGGAAUUCCAGCCUCAACAGCUCCAAUGCAGAGGCCACCUGCUUCUCAGCCGUUCCUGCCAGGCUCAGCACCCACGCCUGUCAGCCAGAUACCUACGUUCCAGCAAUAUGGGGCCCCCCCAGCCAGCGUGCAGCAGCUCAGGAAUCACAUGGCAGGGAUGACAAUUGGUGGUACUGCAGCCUCUGCUCCUCCCCCAGCUGGACUGGGCUAUGCAUCGGUUCCUCCAGUCUCAGGAAGCUUUAGUGCAACAGGAUCUGGUCUCUACACACCUUACAGUGCAAGCCAAGGACCCCCUCUUACCAGUGUGUCUCAGGGUCUUCCUUUGGCACAGCCUCCGUUUCCUGGUCAGACAAUAUCAACUCAGCACCUGCCUACUCAAGUUCCUGGUUUUACCCCACCUCCUCCUUCUACAGGGGUUGGACCUUCCUCUUACCCUCCUACCACAGGUGCUCCAAGGCCACCUGCCAUGCCAGGCCCACCACUGCCUGGGCAGACAGUUGCUGGACCACCAUCAUCCCAGCCUAAUCAUGUAUCCUCACCACCACCUCCAUCAACUAUGGCAGGGCUGCACCCUGGGCCUCCCAUGAGUGGUCUCCAUGGACCACCUCCUCCCACUCAUCCUCCUCAGCCAGGAUACCAAAUGCAGCAGAAUGGUUCCUUUGGACAGAUGAGGGGUCCUCCACCAAACUAUGGAGGAGCCUAUCCAGGAGCACCAAAUUAUGGAAGUCCUCCUGGACCACCACCUCCACCAAAACGCUUGGAUCCAGAUUCCAUUCCUAGCCCUCAACUUAAUGAGCUGCCACCCCAGCAGAAACCCAGGCACAGAAUAGACCCAGAUGCAAUUCCUAGUCCAAUUCAAGUGAUUGAAGAUGACAGAAAUAACCGUGGGUCAGAACCAUUUGUCACUGGAGUGAGAGGGCAGGUCCCACCUCUUGUUACUACAAAUUUCUUGGUCAAGGAUCAAGGUAAUGCAAGCCCCCGCUACAUCAGGUGCACAUCUUACAAUAUUCCCUGCACGUCUGACAUGGCCAAACAAUCCCAAGUUCCCCUGGCUGCCGUCAUAAAGCCGCUGGCUGCUCUGCCGCCGGAGGAGACUGUUCCUUAUUUGGUAGACCAUGGAGAAUCCGGUCCUGUCCGAUGUAAUAGGUGCAAAGCUUACAUGUGCCCUUUUAUGCAAUUCAUUGAAGGUGGAAGGAGGUUCCAGUGUUGUUUCUGCAGCUGUGUCACUGAGGUUCCACCUCACUACUUCCAACAUUUGGAUCACACUGGAAAGCGAGUAGAUUUCUAUGACCGACCAGAGUUAUCACUGGGGUCAUACGAGUUUCUAGCAACAGUUGACUAUUGCAAGAAUAACAAGUUUCCUAGUCCACCUGCUUUCAUUUUUAUGAUUGAUGUGUCUUACAAUGCUGUGAAGAGUGGCUUAGUGAGGCUAAUAUGUGAAGAAUUAAAGUCACUCCUAGAUUACCUGCCCAGGGAAGGGAACAUGGAGGAAUCAGCCAUUCGAGUAGGCUUUGUCACCUACAACAAAGUUCUGCAUUUCUAUAAUGUGAAGAGCUCACUGGCACAGCCGCAAAUGAUGGUGGUCUCAGAUGUGGCAGAUAUGUUUGUGCCACUCCUUGAUGGUUUUCUGGUGAAUGUGAAUGAGUCCAGGACAGUUAUUGCCAGUUUACUGGAUCAGAUUCCAGAAAUGUUUGCAGACACAAGAGAAACAGAAACUGUUUUUGCACCUGUGAUUCAAGCAGGGCUGGAGGCACUGAAGGCAGCAGAGUGUGCUGGCAAGCUCUUCAUUUUCCACACCUCUCUGCCCAUUGCAGAGGCUCCAGGAAAGUUAAAGAACAGGGAUGAUAGGAAACUGAUCAACACAGAUAAGGAGAAGACUUUGUUUCAACCACAGACGAGCUUUUACAACAACUUGGCCAAGGACUGUGUGGCGCAGGGCUGUUGUGUGGAUCUGUUCCUGUUUCCAAACCAGUAUUUGGAUGUGGCCACGCUGGGUGUGGUACCUUACCAGACAGGAGGCUCCAUUUUUAAGUAUGCGUAUUUCCAGCUGGAGACAGACCAGUACAGAUUCCUGAAUGACUUGAGGAGGGAUGUCCAGAAAGAAGUGGGAUUUGAUGCUGUAAUGAGAGUGCGCACAAGCACAGGUAUUAGAGCAACAGACUUUUUUGGAGCUUUCUAUAUGAGCAACACAACUGAUGUAGAGAUGGCAGGUCUGGACUGUGAUAAAACAAUCACAGUGGAAUUCAAGCAUGAUGAUAAAUUGAGUGAAGAUAGUGGUGCACUGCUUCAGUGUGCUCUGCUGUAUACAAGUUGUGCAGGACAGCGACGACUCCGCAUUCACAAUCUCUCCUUAAACUGCUGCACGCAGCUUGCUGACCUCUAUCGGAACUGUGAGACUGACACCCUCAUCAACUACUUGGCUAAGUAUGCAUAUCGUGGAGUCUUGAGUAGUCCAGUGAAGACUGUACGAGAUGCACUCAUCAACCAGUGUGCCCAGAUCCUAGCCUGCUAUCGGAAGAACUGUGCUAGUCCCUCUUCUGCUGGCCAGCUCAUCCUCCCCGAAUGCAUGAAGCUGCUUCCUGUGUACUUGAACUGUGUGUUGAAGAGUGACGUGCUUCAGCCCGGCCCAGAGGUCACAACAGACGACCGUGCCUACGUCCGUCAGUUAGUGACGUCCAUGGAUGUGGCUGAAACAAACGUUUUCUUUUAUCCCAGGCUUUUGCCUCUGACCAAAGCAGAUGUUGACAGUGAUUCCUUGCCAGCAGCCAUUCGGAACUCUGAGGAGCGUCUCUCCAAGGGUGACAUCUACCUGCUGGAGAAUGGGCUGAACAUCUUUGUGUGGGUGGGAAUCAACGUGCAGCAAGGCCUGAUCCAGAACCUCUUUGGAGUGUCAUCCUUCAAUCAAAUUAGCAAUGCCUUGAGUACCCUGCCAGUCUUGGAAAACCCCUUUUCAAAGAAAGUGCGAUCUAUUGUUGAUAUGCUUCAAGGACAGAGAUCCCGCUACAUGAAGUUGAUAAUUGUGAAGCAAGAAGAUAAGCUGGAAAUGCUGUUCAAACACUUUCUAGUGGAGGACAAGAGCCUGAGUGGGGGGGCUUCCUAUGUGGACUUCCUGUGUCACAUGCACAAGGAGAUUCGGCAGCUACUGAGCUAGAGGAGUGAGUGGUGCUAGAACUCAGCAGUGACAUUUGUCUCCACUAAUGACCUGAUCAGAAGGCCCAGCGCCCUCAAAAAGGACAACAUAGAAAUCUGUACAAUUCCAUAAUUUUUAAUACACAUUGCAUUAGCAGAAAUCCUUUCAACCUUUCCCAAUCCCAUAUGAGAGAUGAAAUAUUUUCCUGGUGAGGGCUAAGAAAAAAAAAAGGCCUUUGAUACCAGGUCUUUUAUUUGCAUCUAAAUUGUUUCCUGUGCUUGGCAGGAGUUCACCCCCCACCCCACCCCAUGCUCGCUAAUCCUGUUGUAAUGAAUGUAGAGUUUUUUUCAGUUCACUGUACAUGAUUCAACAUUGGGUGAAAAAGUGAUAACUCUUCAAAACUUCUGGUAGCUGCUGUGCAUUUGUGUGGGUGUGUGUGCAUGCUCCAAGUGUGAAGAGGAUGCACAGGUGGGGAUGGCAAGAGGUAGAUCAGGUGAUGGGAGCUGGAGCAGCCAAACAUUUUGUAUCUCCUUUAAAGAGGGAAGCAUGAUCUGUUAGAGCACAGAUGUAUCAUGUGGCUGUCCAAACCAGAAAGCCAUGAAACAUGAAAUGAGUGGUAAGCCAGGAGGCAGCAGGGCAAACUUCUCUCCACAAUCUUCCCCGUACUAUAAGUUGCUGUGCAGAACUGUAAUGGAGUAAUUAAUAGUUAAGUGGGCAAAAAUCAACAGCUUCUGGACAGUGUAGGGGUAGAGACGGUACUUCCUGUUGACAUGUGUGGUGACUGCUUUCCUUCUCAUUGCACAGCUCUGUAUUGUCCUACUCAAUCCAUGUUCCAUGACCUCUCCUGCAGAGUUUACCUGUCUGUCAGAUGGUGGUGGGAACAAAAGCUUCUUAACCUUAGGCAGAAAAUACUUUAAACAAGGUGAUGAGGGACUGUGUAGGAACUGAAUGAUAAGGAAGUGGCCAUUUUCAACUAUAUUUUUGUGAAUCAUAGCCAACAAGCAGGAGUUUGAUUUAUACUGACAUGAAUUUGAGAUUGCUUUGUACCCUGGAACACACGGAAGGGGAUACAAAAGAUUUAGACUGUACUGUAAUAGGUAUUGCAUGUACCUGAUUUUGGCUAUUGACAGCACCUGGGCCAUAGCAAAGAGUCUAAUUACUGGAUGUUUAUACCCUCCACAUUCUGUCUACUGAUCAGCUUGCACAAAACCUUUUAUAAGCCUGUUUGUUAAACUAAAAUACCUCAGACAGAUUAAUCCAUCCACUUUGGCUGCUCUGCUGCUCCAUUUUGCAAGGGUGGAUGAGAAGACUCCUGUGAAGAGGGAGCUAGUGUAAUCAAAUUUAGAAUUCUAAGGGCUUUGUUUAUUCACUUUUGAAAGGGGGUUUGUAUAUUUUAACUUGAACACUUAACAGGUGUUCUUCCAGUACCCAGGAGUUUAAGCUACCAAUAGCACUAAAAGUGAAAGGAAGAAUGUGGAUGGAUUAGAGAACAUGUUAUCUGGGCUUGAUAUUUCAUAGGAAAGUCCUUGUUAAGAUCAGAAAAAUAUCUGGCUGUGGUUUUAGUUCCAUAUCCUGUAGCAUGUAUAUAAAUUCAUUUUUCUUCUAAUGCUGCUAGUUUGUCUUCCCUCCCAUCACUACACAGAAAGGGGAACAUGAAAAUUGUAAUGUAGAAACUCUUUCAAGAUGUAGUUGACAGAACUUUCAGCGGUUUUGUAUGAAUGUGGCUGACUUUUUACUCCACGUACUGCCUCCAACCAAAAAAUCUAGAGGAUUUUUAAUCAGAGGGGGGAAAAAAGAACUUCUUGGAAAUAUAAUGCACAGCAACCACAGACUUCCACAAAUACUAAUUUCUAGUAUUAAUACUGGGGGGUGUGGGGGUGGAAAUGAAAUCAUGAAUGAACCUUUCAUUUUCUUCACUUGUUUUUCCAAUGCAUCUUUUAAUUUGUAAAGAAAUAAAGAUAUAUUAAGAUGUAUUUUAUGUCAUUGUUAGUAAAUAAAUACUGCUUAUUUUUCCAAACCCUGUAUUUUGCGGGAGGGGGGGAAAUGGGAAGGGCUGAAGUCUAGCUCAUUGAUCCUUUACAGUCUAAUCUUCUACUAACCAAGUUCAGUCUUUCUUUUUUUGUCGUUGUUAUUCGCACUGAAUGAUAAGGAAUUCAACAAGAGUCAACAGACAAAAGGUACUGUUUAUUCUCAGUGUUCCUUUAUUUAAGUGAUUGGGUAUUGACUUUUUGCCCUGUCUGAGCUUCCAUUUCAUAAAGAAAUUCCCUUUUUUGCUGACAGAGCUUGAGUCAUUGACUGGGUGGGGUUUUUUUUUGUCUACUUAUGCAAAUAUCACUCUUACUUUGUGACAAUGUCAAGUUAUGACUUCAGCAGUCUUAAAAGAGCUCAUAUUUCAGAGUUAAGGGUACCUGAGUGAAUUGGUUGGGGGGUGUUUUGGUUGGGUUUUUUGUGGGUGUUUUUGUUUUUGGCUUUUUGGGGUUUGUUUUGUUUUGUUUUUUGGGGGGUUGGGUUGUGGUUCUUUUUUUUUUUUUUGCCGGGAGUGUUGCUAAUUGCAAAAAUAAAGUUCAGAGUGAACUGGCAGUGUUAUCUUGACUGUACCCAUGAAUAUUGCUGUUGUACAGUUUGCUGAUAGCCUUAUAACAAAUUGUAUGAAAGCACAAGACAAUCAUUGCUAAAUAUCCAAUAAUACUAAAUUUGCUGUUGAAUAUUUUUGAGAUUUGUGUCCUAUAGAAUGUAUAUUAUGUCCAGAAUCUGCCACAGAACUGAUGUGAUAAUGAUGGGCCUUGUGGAUCUUGUACAUUAAUCUUGUGGAGUAAAUUGUGCAGCACAUUC